ACGUUUAUCAAAGGCAGUAAAAGUCAUGAAAUCGACGGAAGUUUCUUUGGUAGUCUAAGUCAAAGUCAUGACAUCGACGGAAGUUCCUUUGAUAUUCUAAGUCAAAGUCAUGAAAUCGACGGAAGUUCCUUUGAUAUUCUAAGUCAAAGUCAUAACAUCGACGGAAGUUUCUUUGGUAGUCUAAGUCAAAGUCAUGAAAUCGACGGAAGUUCCUUUGAUAUUCUAAGUCAAAGUCAUGAAAUCGACGGAAGUUUCUUUGUGGCUCAGCGGGAAGUCUUCAGGCUUACGAAACUAAAAAUCGGAUAUCGUGGUCGAAAGUUUAGAAUAUCUCCAAUCAAUGGUCGAAAGUUGAGAAUAUCUCCAAUCAAUGGUCGAAAGUUUAGAAUAUCUCCAAUCAAUGGUCGAAAGUUGAGAAUAUCUCCAAUCACCGUUCCCAUUAGGUGUAUUCAUGAAGUUCGAGCCGGUAAGACCACCGAAUUACUCAGAAGGAAAGAUAUAGCUGGUGGUUACGACGAAGCGUGUGCUUUUUCAAUCAUCUUCGGAAGCAGAUAUAAAUCUGUUGAUCUUAUAGCUUCAUCUGCUGACGAGGCUAACAUUUGGAUUUCGGGACUAAGUGUUCUCAUUGGUGGAUACAAAGCUUCUGGAGGUUUGACUGGGCAACAGAUUAUAAGAGAAAGGUGGUUACACUCAGCUUUUCAUCAGUCAAACAGGGAUGGGCAAGGAACUCUUGAUGAUAAAGAAACGAUUGCCUUAGUAAAGAAACUAAAUAAUCACAUGAAUUCUGUGUCCGUGAGACAAAAAAUAAUGGAACUGAACGUGGAUAAGAUGGGUCAAGAUCGCGGAAGAUUAAAUAGUUGUCAGUUUAUCAGUCUGUUCAAGAGUACCUCAACCAGGCCUGAAAUCUACUUCUUACUUGUCAGGUAUUCUGGGAAAGACUAUAUGACUACAGAAGAUUUUCAUCUGUUCCUUGAAGGAGAACAAGGAGUUUAUGGAGUAACAGCAGACGAAUGUAGAAGAUUAAUCGAAAAAUACGAACCAUCUGAAGAAUCAAAAAGGAAGCAUCAACUUCUAAUUGAUGGGUUUACGAGGUUCUUACUUUCUGAAGAUUGUGACAUCAUGAGUCCCACCCAUCAGACUGUGUGUCAAGAUAUGUCACUACCACUUUCUCAAUACUUUAUAUCAACAUCGAGUACACUCUUGCUGCAUCAAAACAGAGAUUGUCAACUUUCAGCCGGUGAAGAAUACGCCAAGGCUCUGAAGUUUGGAUGUCGUUCGUUAACUGUUGACUGUUGGGAUGGGGAAGAUGAGCCCAUGGUUUCCCGUCUAGUCAGCCCAGCUACUGACUCACGACUCUCCCAGGUUCUAGAUGCUAUAUCUCGUUAUGCCUUCGAAUUUUCUGACUACCCUCUCAUAAUUCAUCUUCAAAAUCACUGUAGCCUACAAGGUCAACUACAAGUAGUAAGCCUAAUCCAGGAAAAACUAGGCAAUCAGUUAUUACUUCCGAACAGACAUGGGAACGGAGGAGAGUUCAAAAUGUCUCCAGAGGAUCUCAGGAGGAAAAUACUCUUAAAGGGUAAAAUCCUCCCCGAGUAUUGUUUGCUGACUGGCGAAGUCUCAGAAGAUGAAGAUAUAGGAGAAAUCGGAAUUCCCUGUAAAAAGUUCAAAAAAAUCCAAUUACGCAAAGAGCUGUCGGAUCUGAUAGUUCUUCACCACAUCAAUUUUACCGAUUUUAGAACGGCCCAUCAGAUAC